CUCAGCUCGGUGUUUUCCUUAUAGUUAAGGUAACUGCAGUGUGGCUGUUUUAUCUUGUGCUGCAUGUCAGUUUAACUAGUCUUAUUGAUUUGUUUGUUUUACCCCACAACUUCAGAUAAGUUUGCACUGGGUGAGGGAGGCAAGAUCACUGGGUCUGUUUUCCUCUACCCUGACCUGAAAAAAUAUUUUGUCUUGUAAGGAGUGUUGCUGCUGCUCCAUUUAAGGGCAGAGCUUUCCAAGUCGUGGCUACUUGUUUUCUACUUGAUUAUAAAAGUGUCUAAUGAGUUAUAUGAGACAAGUUCAGCCCUUUCUAGAAGUGCUUUUUUUGUCAAUCAGGUCACCUGCAUUUGGGCCCUUGCUAUAUUAAUGGAAUUGGUGGAACUAGGCCAGCAGAGUUUUCAGUGCAGUGUGAGUAUGUUUGCUUUUAGGCUGUUACUUCCCACAGAGGCCACAGAUAAAGGACUCUCGUUGUUUGAGUGAAGUUACCAACUGUAACAAUUGCAUAGGUUUCCUUGUUUCUUUCUUUUCUCCAAAAAACUCAUUUCCUCUUGGCAGGUGUUACUGUAAUUCACAGGUGUAAUGAAAAUGUAAUUUGGGAUUUGAAAAAGCCAUCAGACUGCUUCCCAGAGUACUGGUUCUUUUCAACUGGUCCAUUUCAACUUAAGAGGUCCAUCUAUGCAUUUUUGAAGCUUCAUAUUUAAUAAAUAUAAUAUUUCACUGCUGUGUUUGACUAUUCCAUUUCCCACACUUUCUCCUUCCCUACCCUACUCUUCUGGAUCCUGUGUUUCCCCACAGGCUUUGUGAAUGCCGGUCCACUGAUGGCUGAACUGCAGGUCUCUCCCCAGUGGAAAGCCCCAGAGAUGAGCCAGAUCUGCCUCAGCUGUGGCCAUCCGUCAGCGGCCGCGAUGGGCCUCAUGGAACAUUGGUGUGUUCAUCUGCAUUCGAUGUGCUGGAAUCCACAGGAAUCUGGGGGUGCACAUAUCCAGGGUAAAGUCAGUUAACCUCGACCAGUGGACUCAAGAACAGAUUCAGUGCAUGCAAGAGAUGGGAAAUGGAAAGGCAAACCGACUUUAUGAAGCCUAUCUUCCUGAGACCUUUCGGCGACCUCAGAUAGACCCAGCCGUUGAAGGAUUUAUUCGAGACAAAUAUGAGAAGAAGAAAUACAUGGACCGAAGUCUGGACAUCAAUGCCUUUAGGAAAGAAAAAGAUGACAAGUGGAAAAGAGGAAGCGAACCAGUUCCAGAAAAAAAAUUGGAACCUGUUGUUUUCGAGAAGGUGAAAAUGCCACAGAAAAAAGAAGACCCACAGCUACCUCGGAAAAGCUCCCCGAAAUCCACAGCGCCUGUCAUGGAUUUGUUGGGCCUUGAUGCUCCUGUGGCCUGCUCCAUUGCAAAUAGUAAGACCAGCAAUACCCUAGAGAAGGAUUUAGAUCUGUUGGCCUCUGUUCCAUCCCCUUCUUCUUCAGGUUCCAGAAAGGUUGUAGGUUCCAUGCCAACUGCAGGGAGUGCCGGCUCUGUUCCUGAAAACCUGAACCUGUUUCCAGAGCCAGGGAGCAAAUCAGAAGACAUAGGCAAGAAACAGCUCUCUAAAGACUCCAUUCUUUCACUGUAUGGAUCCCAGACGCCUCAAAUGCCUACUCAAGCAAUGUUCAUGGCUCCUGCUCAGAUGGCAUAUCCCACAGCCUACCCCAGUUUCCCCGGGGUUACACCUCCUAACAGCAUAAUGGGGAGCAUGAUGCCUCCACCAGUAGGCAUGGUUGCUCAGCCAGGAGCUUCUGGGAUGGUUGCCCCCAUGGCCAUGCCUGCAGGCUAUAUGGGUAGCAUGCAGGCAUCAAUGAUGGGUGUGCCGAAUGGAAUGAUGACCACCCAGCAGGCUGGCUACAUGGCAGGCAUGGCAGCUAUGCCCCAGACUGUGUAUGGGGUCCAGCCAGCGCAGCAGCUGCAGUGGAACCUUACUCAGAUGACCCAGCAGAUGGCUGGGAUGAACUUCUAUGGAGCCAAUGGCAUGAUGAACUAUGGACAGUCAAUGAGCGGCGGAAAUGGACAGGCAGCAAAUCAGACUCUCAGUCCUCAGAUGUGGAAAUAAAAACAAAACACCUGUAUGGCUGCCAUUCUCUUCAGCCCUGGCUCUCCCCUUUCCACAGCCUCCACCCCUGACCCCCAUCCUCUUUUCCUACCUCUCUGUUUGGUUUAGAAAUUGCUCAAUAAGUCAUUUGGGAUUUGGCAUCCUGCCCAGCCACUUCCCAAACAUGAAGACCUCUCUGUUGCUUUAUGUUGUACAUGCCCCAUAGCCAUCCCAACGUCCUCCCCAGUCCUCUCUUGGCACCAGCACCUUAGAAGUUGUUGGCAGAAGGCACUUAAACUGUGGGAGAAAUGUGCACACCCUUCGGUCCCUUCCCUCAAGGUUAAAGCUCCUGUGAGACUCUCAGAAAGGUCUGUAGGUGUUGUGUAUUAGGCAGCAGGGGAAAGCUUAGAGGUCCUUCUAUAUGUGUUAAUAAGCUGUUUCUAAGUGUUUAAAUUUUAAGAGGAAGCAUCAUGUUCUCAUGAUUUAUGGGAAUGAAGCAAGUACUGAAAUCAAAUUAAAUACUCCCUGGGUCCUGGGUCAGUUUGACCCUAGCCCUGGGGUGAGGCAAGCCCCCUCCUAUGAGGAUGAGCAAAAAUACUACUCUCUUUGCCCUGAGUUGCUUUCCGGAUCUGGGGCUUCAGGACUUGCUGCUUGGGUCAGCCUUUAUUAGCACCAAAGACUUUAUGAAGAUCCCACACACAGACACACAUCCCUUCCCGCCUCCCACCUGCCUUCAGUAGGAUCUGGCUCCGUGGCUGGAGGACCAACCCCUAUAGUGGGAAUGCAGAGCUUAACGUGUACUGCUUGUGUGUGCGCGUGAGUGUGUGUGUGUGUGUGUGUAUGGGUGUGUGUUCCGCCUCCCACCCUCUCCCCAUCUGCUCUGGGUAUUUUUGUUUUCGUUUAGUUUUUGGAUUACAACAGAGAGGAGUUAAUUUAUCAGCAGCCUAAAACUGUUGUGUUUUUCUUAUGGUUUAAAAAACGCCAUGUCAUUGAUAACUCCCUUUCUCCCUUCCCUUCUCCCAGUCUGCUGAUCACUCUUUCAUGCCUGUGUAUCCAGGGUGCUCUGUUUCCCCACCGUUCCCAGGUGUACGAGGCAGAGGGCCGAGACAGCUUUCCUCUCAGUCAUUGUUCACCCCACUUGAAAAUUCAGACAAGAAAACUUUGCUUAAAAGAUUUCGUGUGUGGGAACCACAGUUCCUGGCUGCCUUUCUCCUGUGUAUGUGUAAAUUCCUUAAUAAAUAUUGCAGGGAAGGAC